AAAAUACAGUAACAAGUAACAGCCAAACCAAGUCAUCAAAUGGAUAACGGAAUCCUUCCGCCGUUAUAUUUUCCGUUAGCUUUAUAUAUACACUGAGGCGGUUAGCAACAUUUCGUCUCUUUGAAACUGAUUUUUCCCUCUUCUCUCUCUCUUUGCCUUGGAGAUUUUUCUGAGCAAGCUUCGUGAUGCUAUCGAACCAGAGGAGCACGAAUUAGCUUCUCGAUCACGAUUCUUUUAGAUCGUCGUCACAGUUUUAUCGGAAAGCUUUAGCGGCUGAGAGAAACAGUGAAUAAGUCGAGACUUCUCUGGUGAUUUGUUUUUUUUCUUUGUGGUUUUGGUGAUUGCAAAUCCUCUGGUGAUGUUGAUUAAAAAAAUGUCUCAUUUUGAAGUCUGGUGAUCUCAGAUUCUCCUACUGUAGCGGUAUGUUGGACAAAGACGAGCCGUUUGUCUACAACGAGGUGGAUUACAAGACGCCGAAGCAGAGUCCCCAAACUUGGCCGAUGGAUAAGAUCCGGCAGAGCCGUUUUCAACAUAAAAUGUCAUCUCUUUUGAGUCCGGUGACUCCUAAAAGGAAUUACAACAUCAGCAAUGCAAAGUCACUCUUGCUGCAAUGCUUACGGGACGCUAAAUCAGAUCCACUCCCUCGUAGGCGCUUUCCGGUUUCAUGCACAGAUGAAGGAAUCUUGAUGGAUGGUGUUCUGGUCACAUCAGCCACUAAAAAGAAGGUGUCUGAGUCUCCUUCAAGCUGUCCCGGACGAUCAGCGCGUUCUUCAAUCUUCCGGAGUCAGCACAAGAAGAAUACAGAGUUUAGCAGCCCUAUAAGCGAAUCAGGCCGUAACCAGGAAACCACUCUGUCUCAGCAAUCUUCUUCAGCUGGCGAGGGAAAGAUUUUAGCAAAUAGUCCUUGUACACCAAAGGCUGCUAAUCCUUCAAAACUGCAAGCUUCUGCUGAACCAUUCAUCCUCACACCAAGACAAGCUGCUUCUCCUUUUCCACCACAGCAACUGCCAUAUGAUCAUUAUAAUCCGCAGUUUCCAUGCGCUAAUCCCCUGCACCUGCAGCCAUACCCGUACUUGCACCGGCCUCGGCCUCUGAUCUACGUUUAUCAGAGACCACCACUUCUUCCGCUCUUACCCCAUGGGCCUGACCCCUAUACGCUAAAUAGUCAAAAGGACUUUCCUCCAAUUCUCUCUGGCAACCAAACACCAACCACCAGUCCACAUUCACUUCCCACAACACCUUCUUCUAGCCAGCCCAACACAACCACCAGCGACUCACCAGUCCACACUCCCAUAUCUACUACUUUUACAGCCAAUCUCAAUACCAGUACUACCACCUCCACACAUGGCCCCUCACCUUCUGUUGAUAGAGUCGACACAGUGGCGAAAAUACCAGACUUGUCGUCGUCACCUUCUGAUGGACUCGAAACAGUGACGCAGAAACCAGACUUGGCUUCACCUUCUACUGGACGUGAAACAGUGACGCAAAAACCAGACUUGGCUUCACCUUCUGCUGGACUUGGAACCAUGACGAUAAAUAAAGACUGGUCACCCUCUGAUGAUGGACUCCCAACAUUCACACAAGAUCAACUUGAUUUUAUGAAAUCACAUAACAGGCUCUUCCCAGACUAUGUUUUCGGGCGUUACAAAUACAAAAAGAGAAUGUCAGCUUUCAAACAUCAGGAGGAGCACCGGUAAAACAAAAAGGUAAAAUUCUGUUCAUAAAAAGAAAAACUUCUAUUCACCACUAUAUUUCUUCCCAUACAUCAAACUUUUUUUCAGCUUUUCAUAGGAUUGUUAAAAACUCUUUGAUUACUACAUAUACAUAGAAAGCUAAUAGAUAUUUAGAUAACAAACCAAA